AUGGCCACUGAAACAACCAAUGGAGCUCCCGUAACAGGUGAAGUUCAGAAAGAAGAUAAUAGCAACACCGCCACCGUGGAUGUUGGAAAGCCAGCCGCGCUGAAUGAGGACGCGCAUAAAGCGGUCAGCGCACCCCAGGCGGGAACUGCUACAUCUCCUAGCGUGGAUAAAGAUGCUGACAGCUCUUCAAAGAGCGCGGGAGACAAGCACGAACGCGACGAUGCAGCCGACAAAGCCGCCCAGGCGCCAAAAGAUGAACCUGCCAACAAAAAACAGAAAUCCGAUACCGAACCCUUCAAGGGAACAAAUGGAACCCAAGCCAACACUGCGACAAAUGGCGAGAAGAAGAGGGGCCCAGGCAGACCCAAGAAGAGCGAGGGAAGCACGAAAACUGAAAAGAAAACCCCCAAGCCUCGCGCCACUGAGGGAAUUGGAAGCCGAACUCGGAGUCGUGUCAAGGCAUAG